AUGACGUGUGCGAGACUGCGCGAGGUUGUGCGAGACUGCGCGAGCGAGACUGCGCGAGAUAGUGCGAGACUGCGCGAGGUUGUGCGAGACUGCGCGAGGGCGAGAUUGAGCGAGACGAGUUGUGCGAGACUGCGCGAGAUAGUGCGAGACUGCGCGAGAUACGGCGGGAGUGCGGAUCUUGCAGGGCCGCGGGAGCGUGCAACUGAAGCCUGCAACGCGGCGGGCACAGCACGGCCCAUCAGUCAACAGGGGAAGCCACACCUAGUUUCCACCGAGACCUUGGGCGAUGGAGACUCCGGGUGGGGCGAAGCAGGAGGCGUAGGAGCAGGCGGCAGGGUCCUUGGCGAGAGCGGCCGAGGCGAGGUCGGUCGAGGUGGCAGCCGUCGGAUUGAAGGUGAGCGACUGGGCGAAGGUGACGGCGGCCGCUUGAGGGAAGGCUGGCGGCUAGGUGGCGAGGGCAAGGGGGACUGGCUCGCUGAUGUUCUCCUGCUCGUCGUGGGGGAAGGUAGCGGCCUCGGAGACGAUCGGCUAGGUGAAGGUGGUUGCUUAAGAGAAGGACUCCGGCUUAGUGAAGGUGAAGGUGGUUGUUUAAGAGGACUUCGGCUAGGUGAAGGUGAGGGCGGUUGCUUAAGAGAAGGUGUUCGACUGGGUGGUUGCUUAAGAGAAGGACUUCGGCUUAGUGAAGGUGAAGGUGGUUGUUUAAGAGGACUUCGGCUAGGUGAAGGGGAAGGUGGUUGUUUAAGAGAAGGUCUUCUGCUUAGUGAAGGUGAGGGCGGUUGCUUAAGAGAAGGACUUCGGCUUAGUGAAGGUGAGGGAGGUUGUUUUAAGCUGGGUGAAGGUGAGGUCGGUUGUUUAAGAGAAGGUCUUCGGCUUAGUGAAGGUGAAGGUGGUUGCUUAAGAGAAGGACUUCGGCUUAGUGAAGGUGAGGGAGGUUGUUUUAAGCUGGGUGAAGGUGAGGGCGGUUGGUUCAGAGGUCUCCGGCAGGGUGAAGGUGAGGAUACCGCCCUGAUCGAAGGUGACCGAGUAGGUGACGUUAAGGACGACUGUUUCAGCGAAGACCUGCGACUAGGCGAGGGUGAGGGCGACCUCCUGAGCACUGGCGUCCGACUAGGUGAAGCUAAGGGCGAUGGGCUAGGGGAAGGUGAGCGAGAGUCGAGCGGAGAAAGAGGCCAUUUAGGUGAAGAUGCUCCCUCUACAGUGAGAGACGACCUGAGAGACAAGGGCCGCAGGCAAAGAGAAUUUUCAGUUUAG